CGCGGAGCAACGGCUCUUUUGUAGGCGUCGCGCGCCGAGGGCGGCUCGGGGGUGGGCGUUGGGCGUGAGGUCGCGCGAGGCCGCUGGGCGCGCGCCCCGCGCCGCUGCCGUGCGCGCUCCGCCCGCGCUCCGCCCGCUCUCCGCGGCCGUCGCGGGGCGGGGCGGGGCGAGGCGGCCGGCCGGCCGGCGCUCCGGCUGCGGCGGCAGCGAGCAUGUCCUCGAGCAGGGCCAAGAAAGUGAAGAUGGCCACCAAGUCCUGCCCCGAGUGCGACCAGCAGGUUCCUGUUGCAUGUAAGUCGUGUCCCUGUGGCUACAUAUUUAUUAGUCGAAAACUCUUGCAUGCUAAACGUGCUGAGCGAUCACCACCCAUCACAGAAAACAAGAGCGAGGCCAAAAGGAGACGGACAGAGAGAGUUAAGCGAGAGAAGAUAAACUCUGCAGUAAAUAAAGACUUAGAAAACCGGAAGAGAUCAAGGUCUAACAGCCAUUCAGAUCAUAGCAGACGAGGAAGAGGAAGACCUAAGAGUGCCUCAGCCAAAAAGCACGAGGAAGAAAGAGAGAAACAAGAUAAAGAAGUUGACAUGUAUGCUAACCUUUCAGAUGAAAAGGCCUUCGUGUUUUCAGUGGCCUUGGCGGAAAUAAACAGAAAAAUUAUCAAUCAAAGACUUAUUCUGUAACUUGUAAGCACAAUCUGUUGCAUUUAUAUGCAGAAUGGCUAGCGUAUUUCCAAGGUGUCAUGAACUCUCAGGAAGUAUGUUGUCUGCACCAAUCAGGACCGUAGAAUUUCCUGUUAAAAAUCUGCUGCUCUUCUUGGAAUUCGGAUUCUGUCUCUACAAGUCAGAAAGUGAUUGUGUCUGAAAAUCAGAAAGCAGAUAUGUUUUACACCUUGAAGAUGAAUGCUAGAUGAAUGCACAGAGAGACUGCACCCAUUCCAGAGCACUUCUUUUAGAUUUGCUGCCAGAAAUGCAAUAUUUUAAAUACUUUCAGAAAUAAAUGAUUUUUCCUUUUAAAAUAUAUAUUUCAGAUUUUUCAGCUAUAUUACAGUUUACAUAUGUACAGUUCACCUAACUUUUUAAUAAAUUGAUAUUCCAAUAUUUUAUUGAA